CAGACUCCGGGACAUUUCAGCCCCCGGUCCAUGUUUGAGGAGGGGGUCCUGAAGACGAGGAGGAGCAGGAGCAGGAGGAGGAGGAGGUCUCAGAGAUGCUGGGUGGAGAUGUGGUGGCCUUGUGGGAGGUGGCGCUGAGCGACGGCGUUUACAGGAUCGAGUUCGCUCACGGCACCACCACCGGGAAACGAGUGGUUUAUGUCAACGGGAAGGAAGUGGUCAGGAAGGACUGGAUGUUUAAGCUGGUGGGGAGGGAGACGUUCACCGUGGGCGAGGCCGAAACUAAAGCCGCCAUAAACAUCGAGGCCGUCGGCGGCUUCGCCUACGAGUACUCGCUGGACGUGGACGGGAAGAGUCUGCAGAAGUUCAUCGACAACCGAGCUAAGACCACAGAGACGUGGCUGCUGAGGGCGGACGGGUCCGACUACAGGGUGGUUCUGGAAAAGGACACGAUGGACGUCUGGUGCAACGGACAGAAGAUGGACACGACGGGAGAGUUUGUGGAUGACGGCACGGAAACUUUCUUCACGGUGGGCGAACACGAGUGCUGCAUCAAGACCACAAGUGGCGGGAAGAAAAAAAGCGGCAUCAUCCACCACCUGCUACUGGACGGAGAGAAAAUCCCGGCGUCGUCCACGACAUAGACCAGCGCUGCAUGUUCUCAUGUUUACACUUUUAUUUUAGGUUUUUAUCCCACACAGCUACUAACAUUUCUGCAUGAAUACAUCAAAUAAACACAUUCAGAAUAAAAACGC